AUGCCCCAGGACACCCAGGCAGGAAAGACCCAGUCUGGCCAGAGCUCUGAGGUGGUGGUCUAUGAGCAGCUUGAUGAUGGCAAGAAGCCCCACCAGUACUUGGAAUGUGGGAAGAGUUUCCCCACGAGCUACCACCUGAUCAUCCACCAGAGGAUGCACACCAGGGAACGGCCCCAUGAGUGUGGGGAAUGUGGGAAGAGCUUCAGGUUCAGCUCCCACCUGAUCAUCCACCAGAGGAUCCACACCAAUGAACGGCCCUAUCAAUGUGGAGAAUGUGGGAAAGGCUUCAGGAGGAGCUCCAGCCUGAAACUCCACCAGAUGAUCCACACUGGGAUACGACCCUUUGUGUGUGGAGAAUGUGGGAAGGGCUUCCGUCACAGCUCUUGCCUGAUCAUCCACCAGACAGUGCAAACUGGGGAAUGCCCCUACAUGUGCUCAGUGUGUGGGAAGAGCUUCAUCAAGAACUCCAGCCUGAUUCUGCACCAGAGAAUCCACACUGGGGAGAGGCCUUACAAGUGUGGAGAAUGUGGGAAGAGCUUCAGCCAGAACUCCAGCCUGAUUGCCCACCAGAGGAUCUGCAGUGGGGACAGGCCAUAUGAGUGUUCUGAGUGUGGGGAGAGGUUUUUCAGAGCCAAUACUACACCGAGCUUUCGCACGGGGAAGGCAGUGAAGCAGAGGCUGGCUCACGCGGAGGAACCGGCCCCCCCGCUGGAGCUGACAGUGAAACUGGAGCCGGCUCGAGCGGAGCCGGCUCACGCGGAGGAAGCAGCCCCCCCGCCGAAGCCGUAA